UACUAGACACCCACAGAUUCGCGCUGAUGUGGCCUAACCGACGCACGCGCCGCUAGGGCCAGCUGGGAAGCCGGAAUAAGGAGCGUGCGCGGAAGCCCUUAAGAGGGCUGGUGGCGCAGGCGUUCCGCGUAGGCGUGGCUUCCUGGCCAUGGCGGAGAAGCCGGGCCAAGAUGCGGACUCAGAUCCUAAGCCAACCGUGCUGUUCCUGCACCCGGACCUGGGCGUGGGCGGCGCCGAGCGACUGGUGCUCGACGCAGCGCUGGCGCUGCAGGCGCGCGGAUGUAGCGUGAAAAUCUGGACGGCGCACUACGACCCGGGCCACUGCUUCGCGGAGAGCCGUGAGCUGUCGGUGCACUGCGCCGGGGACUGGCUGCCUCGCAGCCUGGGCUGGGGCGGCCGUGGCGCCGCUGUCUGCGCCUACGUGCGCAUGAUCUUCCUGGCUCUCUACGUGCUGUUCCUUGGCGAUGAGGAGUUCGACGUGGUCGUGUGCGACCAGGUGAGGCGGCCGCGCCCGACCCUCGCGGUGCCCGUUUCCUCACUCCUGAGAGAUGCGCCCCCGUCCCCAACUCCAGGACCUCUGCUGACCUCUCUCGAUCUGUGGUUUGGAAAGGUGUCUGCCUGUAUCCCCGUGUUCAAGCUGGCCAGACGGCGUAAGAAAAUCCUGUUUUACUGUCACUUUCCAGAUCUGCUUCUCACCAGGAGAGAUUCUUUUAUUAAACGCCUAUACAGGGCCCCAAUUGACUGGGUAGAGGAAUAUACCACAGGCAUGGCAGACUGCAUCUUGGUCAACAGCCGCUUCACAGCUGCCAUUUUCAAGGAAACAUUCAAGUCCCUGUCUCACAUAGACCCUGCUGUCCUCUACCCAUCUCUGAAUAUCGUCAGCUUUGAUUCUGCUAUUCCUGAAAAGCUUGAUGACAUAGUCCCCCAGGGGAAAAAGUUCAUAUUCCUCUCCAUCAACAGAUAUGAAAGGAAGAAAAAUCUGACUUUGGCACUAGAAGCCCUUGUAAAGCUGCGUGGAAGAUUGGCAUCCCAAGAUUGGGACAAAGUUCAUCUGAUCAUUGCAGGUGGUUAUGAUGAGAGAGUCCUGGAGAACGUACAGCACUACCAGGAACUGAAGAAAAUGGUCCAGCAGUCUGACCUAGGUCAGUAUGUGACCUUCCUUCGGUCUUGCUCAGACAAACAGAAAAUCUCACUCCUCCGAGGCUGCACGUGUGUACUUUACACACCAAGCAAUGAGCACUUUGGCAUCGUUCCCUUGGAGGCCAUGUACAUGCAGUGCCCAGUCAUCGCUGUUAAUUCAGGUGGGCCCUUGGAGUCCGUCGUCCACAGUGUCACAGGAUUUCUGUGUGACCCUGACCCAGAACACUUCUCAGAAGCAAUAGAAAAGUUCAUCCAUGAACCUUCCUUAAAAGCCACAAUGGGACUGGCUGGAAGAAACCGGGUGAAAGAGAAGUUUUCCCCUGAAGCAUUUACCGAACAGCUUUACCAAUAUGUCACCAAACUGCUGAGCAGUCUUCUAAGGUGGAUGUGAUUGUCCCUCAUUUUGUACACAAGGAAGCUCAGAGAGAUGAAAGACGUACUGAAAGGCACAACUGAAACGUGAGUAGACCAAGAUUCGACCCCGAUUACCUGAUCCAUCCCGGAUAGCACUAUACCAGAAUUUCUCAGCCAACUCUCCUUUGACAGCCAUAAAUAUCAUAUGACCGUUAAUACUUCAUGAAAUUCAGAAUGAGUACAGCAUUCUCUGAUUCAAAGCAAAGCUGGGGGACAGGAUACUCUGUCUUCAGAUUAGUGCUCUGAACCUAAAAGAGAUACUGGCAUCCCACAUGCACCCCAUUGCCCUAUUGCCAACCCCGUGAGGAAUCCUGCUCAGUAGCCCUCACGGAGUAACACUGGAUCAUUCAAAGUCCCAGUGGAGUUAUCAGGGUCAUUUACUUUGACAAAGCAGAAAUUCAAGCUGAUGUAACUCAAAAGAUUUUGGGUUUUUUGGUUUUUUAAUAUUUUUUUAUUUAUUUGCUUGUGUCGGGUCUUAGUUUCAUGAUGCGGGAUAUUUCCUUACAAGGGCUCAGACUCACUAGUUGUGGGCUCCAGAGCACUUCAGCUUCGAUAGUUACAACAUGAACUUAGUCGUUCCACGGCACGUGGGCUCUUAGUUCCCCAACCAGGAAUUGAACCCAAAUCCUGUGCAUUGCAAGGCAGAUUCUCAACCACUGAACCACCAGAAAGGUCACUCAAAGGGUUUUAAGAGUUGGGUGUUUGAAAGAAUCCAUGCCAGAAAAUACUGUCAUGCCUGCCCCCUGCUCCCCAAGCCUAGGUGAACUGGAGAUGGGAGACAAAAGGUUCUUUCUCAUGCACUCUCUUUCAAAGAGGUGACUGUUUUCCUAUGUCAGCUCAUUCCCAUAUGCACGUGGAUGCAACUCUUGACCCCUAUUGCCCUUCAUGGGUCUCCACCAGUUGGCUCAGAUUCUGUACACACACACACACACACACACGCAAGUUGGAGGUGGGGGUCGAGGCAUGUACAUACAAAAGAUAUCCACUCGGUCAGCUAAGGGGGAGCAGUAUUGUGGUUCUUCCUGUUUGGAAAGGAUCUAAUGACUAAUGAUACUGAAGUCCUGUUUGGGAAGGCUUUAGAGUUGGCAGAGCUCUUUUUUUUUUUUUUGUAAGUUUAUUUAUUUUAAUUGGAAGCUAAUUAUAGAACAUGGAAAAAUAAGAUUUAAGAUGCUUAAUUAUAGAGUAUUUGUGUUCUUAAGAAUACUGUGUUUAUGGGGUUAGGUUGUGGCAGAGCUCUUUUCAGAAUCACUCCAGGUAAUUAUUGUAGCCAUGCUCACUGUGGAAAAGCUGAGGCUUACAGCUAUGAAGCCCUGGACCAGGUUGAGAAUUCUUUCAGUUGUACUAUGGAUGCCUCAUCAAUAAAUGCCUUGCCACCUUCUCACCA